AUGACUGUAAUCUACGAUAUUUUCGAAGAGGAAGUCAUCGUCGAGAAGGUCGACGGCCAGUUGACAUCAGUCGUAACUGGUAACUGGGCCUCACAAACCAGCCUGACGCACUUCCCUCCCGAAUCUACAAGCACACCAUACGCCAAGAUCAAGAGGGGCAAGGAAGCCUCGUCACAUCUGAUACUGAAGCGAGACGACACGGUCGUUCCGGCUGUGUGCUACGAUAUCUGCAAUGAUGCCUAUCUAGAAGCUCAACAGGUGGGCAAGACCGCCGCCUUGUGUGCCGACGGAUCGCCGUUCGAGAACUACUAUCAAGGCUGCGAUUCAUGCAUCACCGCCAACGAGCCUCAGCAGAAGCUUACGACGAAGGCGUACCUGCAGACCAAGUUCUCCCAGUUCAUCAACUACUGCGAGUCUGCCCCGGCUGAGUCUCAGGUCCAGCCCAGCUCGACGCCAGAGGCUCAGCAAACGACACCUGCCAACGUGCAGACCACUUCUCAGGCCGCGCCAAACACCAGCGGCGAGCCGAGCCCGAUUUCUACACCCACACCUCCUCCUCCUCCUCCAUCUACGACGGCCACGCCUACCUCAGAGCUCGAGACGUCGACACCGGGGACACCAACACCGGAGUCAUCGAUCCCCGAGACCUCGAGUGAGGCGGAGCCGACGGAAACAUCACCAAUCCCCUCACCAUCGGAAAGUAGCACCACCGAGACCAUCACGAGUCUUUCGAGUGGAACAAUUAGCAGCACUCCGGGCCCAAGCAGCGUCACAACAGCCGGCGCUCCGACAACAAGACGAUCGAGCUUCGCGGCGCUCAUCCUACCUCUUUUGGCGUGCAUAUUCUUCCUCUAG